UCGAAGCGAGGAAUUAGCCAAGUUGCCGGGAAUAUGGCUUUAUUGCAGGCAUGGAUCUAUGACCACUUCCCCAUCUUGAACUUGGCCGGAGAGAACCCGGAGUGGCGCAAAGGUAAUCCUAAAGGAACAAAAUAUAUCUUCCAAAAUAACUGUUCUCAUUCAAAAGAGCAGCAGUUGGUUCGCAUGAGGGAGAUUUUGGACCAAAUGAAGGCCUCGGACGUAUGCUUUGAUCCAUGCAAGGAAGAUCGAGCUACAUGGCAUAUAACAGUUCGGUCGAACUUGUGCCUUUAUUUUGGACCGUUGUGGCACACCACAGGAUAUGUGAUGUACAACCCCUCUUGGGUGAUGCGACAACUCGGGAAUAUACAACAUCAACCAAUGGAUCACAUGGGGGAUUACUACAAAUUGGAGUUGGAAAAAUGCUCUUCUAGUGGUGACAAUCUCACGAUAGUUCACUCAGGCCCAGCUACUGUUCUUGAUAACUGAGAUAAGAGGUCUCCGUUCAUUAUCAACACUGGUAGACCUUUCACUCUAGGUGAUGAAAAUUAUCCAGGCUAUAUGAGUUGGUAUAAGAACGUAUCCCAUCCUUUGGUCAUCCGUGAAGUUAAAUCAAAGACUACUUCAGCAGGGUCCAAUUAUAAUUGUAUCAUCAAAGACAAACCAAAUGGUUAUGAUAGACUAGUGCGUAUUCUUAAAACAUUUUUUAUUUUAUAUUAUGGCUAUAAAUCUUAGGUAAUACCCGUUUGGUGUCAUGUCAUUAUGUAUAAAAACAGGUGAACAGGUUCAAGUGUGUUUCCAAAAUGUUAACUUCAUGCAUGAGGAGCGGAGAUCCCGUGCCAGUUGAGAAGAUAAAAGAAGCUAGAAACCUAGUGGAUAAUAUGGAUAAUGAAGAUUAUGCAGCUCAGUUUGGGGAGAAAAAAGGCACAAAGAAGAAUCCGCCCAAGAAGGCAGUAUCAAAGACGGGUCAAAGAAGUCGAGCUUCAUCGAGCGCUGAAGGUGCUCCAAAUGAAGGUUCUCCAAAUGAAGGUGCUCCAACUGAAGGUAUCUUAACUCGUGGUCGCGCAUGACUUGGAGGUAGUCACGGUCGUAAAGUCAAGAAUCUAGAUAAAUGACAAUGAAUUGUGUUGUGUUGGAUUAUGUCGUUUCAUAGUAUUUAUAAUUUGUGUUGGAUUAUGUAGUUUUUAAGGUUUG